AACAAAUCAAACAAGAAAGAUUGUUAAUUUGAGUACUCAGAAAAUUCACUCUAAUGGAUCAAGAUCAGACAAACUUCAUUUCUUUGUACAACCCUUAAAUACACACACACACACUCUCUCUCUCUCUCUCUCUCUCUCUCUCUCUCUCUCUCUCUCUCUCUCUCUCUCUCUCUCUCUCUCUCUCUUCUAUAUUUUUUUUUGAACAAUGAACAAAUAUUUUAUUAAAAACCAAAAGAAGGUAGUACAUCAUGAAAGAAAGAUGGAGAAUUCAUCCAAACUAAUUUAUUAUCCAUCCUGAUUGCAUGUACUGCUAAUUCAUGAAUACGAACAUAAAUUAGGAACGCCUCAAAAAAAUUAGUAAAUAAAUUAGGAAAAAACUCUAAAAAAGAUAAUAAUUAAUUCAAUACACCAAAUACAUUCUUUUAUUAUGACAUAUAAAAAGUGCAAAAAUAUAAACAAAAACACAAAAUUCAUACACCAAAUGCAUUAUUUUAUUAUGCCAUUAAAAAGUAAACACUAAAAAAACUCAUAAUUCAUGUCAUUUCUACCUUAAAUAGUCUCAAUUCAGCCAACUCCCAACCGAAUGAAGAUCCUGUUAAAAAUUAGUGUCUCAUAGUGUGUUAAACUAAUUUAAAUGUGAUAUAUCAACUAAUUUAAUUUAUAUUAAAUAUGUUAACUAUUUUUAUUGACUCAAUUAAAAGUUUAAUUUUUUAAUAUAAAUUAAAUUAGUUGAUGUGUCACAUUUAAAUUAGUUUUUAAGAGGGGAUCUUAAUUCCUUUCAACCCUAUUAGAAAUUUAGGAAAUUUAAAAAAAAAAACACCAGAAGGUACAGGUGUCGAAUCUCGAUUGGUUAAUGGGACUCCAAUCUUUGCAAGCUCGACGCAGACGAUUAUAGGACCGUUGGAGGCAAACAGGGACGAGACUUGUAACGGCUACUUAGUACUUACCAUUCAAAAAAAAAAAAAAACGGAUACAAUAACAAUAACAAGAGACCACUUGCAAAAUAUAUACAUUAUCAAAUCAAUACAAUUGAUUUUUCCCCCAAAUUCCGAUUAAACAUUUAAUUUUCACUUCCAAAUUUCAACUUCAUUUUCAGUUCCCUCAAUAUUCGCUUCAUCUUUCUCCUGGAAGCAAGCAAGUUCCAGUUUUCUGCCAUGGAUCUUGGCUGCUUAGACAUGGGUUGUACCUCUGUAUCUGAUAAAGUAUCUUCUCUUCACUCUGAUAACAAGGAAAACGACGCCGCCGAACCUCUUACCGCCACUUCAAAGAUUGGAAAGAAUAAGCAUUUCAAAGAGAACAGUCAAUCAAUUAUGGGUUCUCUUAGCAAAUUCACUUCACAAAUUAAGAAGCCUGGGCACCGAAAAGCUUCGCCUAUCAAUUGGUUCCCGCGCAAGAAACCCGAUUCUUACUUGGAUAGAAAAAUUAAAAUGCUGCAGGAAGUAUCUGGCAUGAAUUUGACACUUGAUGAAACUCUAGGUGAUUCUAAUCCACACUACUCAAGGGUACUUAAAGAAAAAAUGGCUGCUAAAGAAGCUGCAAAUAAGGCAAUCGAGGCUCGAAAAGCUGCACUAGUGGAAGCAUCUUGGUGUAGAAUACUCAAAGCUGCUAGGAUCCAAUGUAAAGAAGCUGAAGCACAAUUGGAGAAAGCCGAGAAGUCUGCAGCUGAAGCAUUUGAAACAGCCUUAGCAGUAGGAGUAAUCAUGUACGACAUACCAAACUGCCCUCGGAAGACUUGUCAUGUAGAAACCUCUUCUUCUAGAGAAGGAUCAACCACUCAUGCUGUUACAGCUUCUUUUGAAACUGCAUUUGAGGUUGAUAUUGAAGUAGCUGCAGCGGUAAAAACUGCAUUAGUGAAGCUUGCUAACUGCCCUUCUAUGAAGAAAGAUGAAUUCGAAGAUCUACUUCGAAAAAUCAGUCAGAACCCAGAUACUAAUGAGAAUGACGAGGAACAGUCUGAUUCUCCAAAAAGUGAAUCAAAACUUGAAACAGCUUCUAGAAAAGAUGGUAUAUCUCCAGACUUGGAUCGCAAGACGCCAGUUUCAAAGUUGAGGCAGAGGAAAAGUAAGAGAAGACUGUCGUCUGAAAAGCUUAGCAUGACAAAGCUUGUGAACAUGAUGUUUGAUAGGCUUCAGAGACUGCAAGAAAACGAGCUUUCUUCUCUUGCCACUAUAGUUGCAACUUGUGGUUUAAAUGCUGCCUUAACUGAAAUACAAAACAACAAGCAGGUCGACUCAGUCUCUACUGCCAAUUCUGGUAUAGGAUUGCAGCGAAGACUCUCUUCUUGGGGAGCUGGAAAGCUUGAAACUUUCAAGGAUGGGAAUACCAAAAGAAAGCAAGCGGAACAAGAACUCCCGAGUUUAGACAAGUUUUUAGUUAAGCACGUGACUAAGCUUGAAAGAGAAGUUCAGGAAGCCAGGAAUAACAGACAAAAGGCUUCCAACGUAGGUACAGUGGAGCAUGCCAGUCCUUCUGAUGAGAAAGUUGAUUCAAAUAAUAGUGAAACUUCAUCAUUUGUUAAUGAGAAAAGAUCAGCAGAAAACUGUAAAAUGGGACACAAGAGUUCACGUGGAGAUGAUACAACUUCAUCUGAAGUCAUUCCAGACCUGGGAAGUAUGCUGAUUAAGCGUUCUUCUAAACUUGAAAAGGAAGUUGAAGAAGCAAGGAGAAAUUGCAGCAGAAGAAUAGAAGCACCAAACAAAGCAGCCAUUAGUCGCGUAAAAGAAGAUAUCGCCGAACUCCCCAGUCUUGAUAAGUUCUUAGUGAAACAUGUAUCGAGAUUGGAAAAAGAAGUCCAAGAAGCAAAGAACAGAAGAAAAAAUGACGUGCAUGAAAAAAGUAGUACAACAAAUCCAACAUUAAAUUCUUCUGAUUUAGUCACAGUAGAGUUGGAGAGAAGUUCUAGUCCUGAUUCUGAUGAAGGGCUAAUGGAGAAAGACAAUGCUGACUUAAAUAAGGAAGCUGAAGUGAGCUUGGAGCAAAAUGAAGUUGAUCAAAAUACGAAGGCUCCAACUACAGAGAGUGAAGAUGGUUUAGACAAGGUAAUGGUCAAGAAAGUGCACAGGCUUGAAAUGGAAAAGAUGCAAGCCUUGGUUAACAGUAGAUAUGAUAAACCUCAGAAUAAACAUAGAGGAAAUAUUGUCCCAGAGUACGAAAGCUUGGACAAAGUAUUGAUAAAGCAUGUUUCCAGACUUGAGAAAGAGAAAAUGAAGCUCGUUUCAGAGGAAGAUGCAUCCAUGAAAGUUAUGAAAGUCAAGGCAAAUGUUAAUCCAAAAAUGGCGGAAGCUGGUGGUUUGGACCAAGUAAUGGUUAAACAUAAAUCAAGACUGGAAAUGGAAAAGUUGAACGCUGCCCACAAACCAGAAGAAGACCAUAUUAAAAGCUUUGUCUCUCGUAGAGAAGCAAGGGAGAAGAAGUUAAACGAAGCAUGGGAAGGAUUGAGUUUAGGCAACUCCAUGAGGCCACAUUUGUCAAAACUUGAACGAGAAAAGGUAAAAUGCCAUCUUCUUUGUUUGGAGAUAGAGUUGAUUGUUAUGGUUUUUCCCCCCUAUAGUUACAAAUUGUUUGUACUUUUAUAUAGGCAGCUUGGAUUAAAGCUGAAGAAGAAGAAAGACAAGCAAAGCAUUCUACGGAUUAGUGCUGCAGUAAAUGUAUGUAAUGUAUAUAUGUGUGCAUUUGUUUUUUGUGCUAUUGUGGAGCCUUGUGAUGUAAUUUUUACUAUUACUGUUACAUGUUAGUUCUGUUUGGUAAUUGUGCUGUGUGAGAAUGGUUAUGAAGGAAAUGCUCUUCUACUGAUUCUCAUUGAUGAGUGAAUCUGUUACAUAAAAGAGUUGUUAGAAUGUGUUAGACAAUACAACAGAAACUAUCCAAGAAAUCUAUAGCUAGAGUUUGCUAAGUUGGAUACUAU